AAGAAGUCAAAAUAAAAAUAAAACAACAAACACAAGAUGACGAGGAACAACAACUGGUCACCGCAAAGAAACCAAAUCGAAGUUUAAUACCCAGUAAAGAAUAAGACCAAAGUACAUAUAUGUAGUAUAGUAUAUGUAUGUUUAAAAUGGGAAAGAAGCCAGUUACGAGAAUGGAAUAAAACACUCCGCGAAGCAGCGCCGAGCAUUCAGUUCGUUGGUGGCAUUGAAUGCUGGCGGAAGUGACGAGUCGCGGAGCUGGUACAAGCAUAGACGUUUAAAGUAGAGCGCCAGUAUCUGUGUUUACAUGUUUGUGUAAAUCGAUUAAAAUAGUGAGGGAAUCCAACUCGAUCUGAGGUAAACACGCAACGUAAUUUACAAACAAUGGAGCUCCUGAAAUUCGCGUAUGAGAAAAUAUUUGGCGCCGACACAGAGACCGAAGGCCAGUGCGCACCAUGUCAAGUUGUUUGCUUUGGCAAUGUGCUGCUUGAUCACACAUUUCAGUUGGACGAUCCGGAGCUGCUCCAGCGGCACAAUCUCGAACCGGGCUCCAAGGGAGAGAUGGAACUAGAGGAAAUAGAAAAACUUGUCACAGAUGCCAGCAACAGUGCUAAAUGCCUCGUCAAUCCAGGUGGUUCGGCGCUCAAUACAACCCGUAUUCUAAAGAAGCUGGGCACUGAGGCACAGUUCUUCGGUUCUGUCGGCUCUGACAAGCGUGCCGAGCAGCUACGAGAUGUACUGCGAGAGCAAUGCAUCAAUGCCAGAUUGCAAACCAUCGAUGACACACAUACGGGUCAAUGUAUUUGCUUUAUAUACAAAGAUAAUCCCACCAUGUACGCCAAUAUUGGGGCAUCCGAAAAGUUCUCGUUGGAGGAGAUCUCGCGCAUCGCUAACAAUAACGAACAAACGUUUCUGCGACCCAUCGAACGUAAGCAAAUACUCUACAUCGAGGGCUUCUUUUUGACGCGGCGCACGGAUGUUUGCGGCCAUCUUGUGGAGAAUUAUGUGCGCAGCCGUCGACGCCUGGCUGUGAAUCUCAGCGCACCUUACAUCGUCCAGCAACAGUCCAAGACUCUGCUGAAAUUGAUUGAACGCGCCUACUUCGUGUUCGGUAAUCUGAAGGAGUUUGAGGCGUUGUGUGACGUGACCGAUUGCAAGAGUGUGGAGACCUUGGGACGCCAACUACUUGAGCAGAGUAGCGGCCCAAAAAUCAUAUUGGUCACAAAUGGAGCUUCAGGUGUGCGGUUAAUAACUAACUAUGUGGGAGAGAAGGAGCCAGCCGGCAUAGUAUUGAUUGAGGAUUUUAAAGCACCGCGUGUGGAAAAUGUUGUGGAUGCCACAGGGGCAGGGGAUGCGUUUGUGGCGGGCUUCUUCCACAACUGGCUGCAAAAGCGCUCCAUCACUGAAUGUGUCCGAAACGCUAUGGAUGUCGCAGCCACCGUGAUCACCCAAUUGGGUUGCAACCUGCCAUAGCAAUGGGGCAGAUAGGAAUCGCCUUAACAAAAGCAAGAAACAGCAAUUUAGACUUAUUUAGUACAUACUUUUAUAAACAUAUGUAUGUAGUUCCUCAGGAUUGCUCUUUUUGCACUAAUUUUUAUGUACUUGUACGUAUUUUGUAUGUACUUAACUUAAUUGUAAUCUUUCGACACGCAUAAACGCUGUAGGCCACAUAUUCAUAUAAAAGUGAUGCAAUUUGUUUGUAAA